AUGACAGUUCUGUGGUGGAUUGGCUCCCUGUGCGUGUUGUUCCUUUGUGGCUGCUCAGGCAGUGCUGUGAAUGGACCAGAGGAAUUCAUGCUUCUCGCUGGUCCUUUGACCACAAACUCAGGAAAUAGAUUAAAUGAUGUCUUUGACUGCACUCGCGCCAUCCCUCCAGGCUCCAGACGACAAUUUGAGUACUUGCAGAGCAGAGGGGUGACCCACUUCAAAGUGCCACUCUCUUGGGAUCAACUCCUGCCUACGGGGGUCCCCGCCGAGCCACAACACAAUGUCCUCAACUGUUACCACGUCCUGCUGGCGCAGCUGGUGGAGGUAGGCCUCCAGCCUCUGGUGGUCCUACAUGGGUCCACUGUGCCCGACGCUCUGAGAUCAAGGUAUGGGGGUUGGGAGAGCCCAGAACUCUUAGAGAUGUUCAAGCAGUAUGCCGAGUUUGCCUUCCAGCAGUUUGGAGAACUGGUUUUGUCCUGGGUGACACUAAGCAGCCUGGAUGACAUUUGGCCAAAUAGGAAGCUUGAAGAUGAUCAAAGCAGUCUGCAACAUAUUCUGCAAGUCAGCAGGGACAUUUUCCAGCUCUACCACCGUUUUCCUGACAAAAAAGGACGACUAUCAGUUGCAUUGAAAUCGAGCGAUAUCGCUGUUCUGUCUCAGACUCCACCUUCAACAAUGGAUUUUGUGUCAGUACACAUUGAAUACAACUGCGCCUCCUCAUCAGACUUUACAGAGACGCUGAGAAGCAUACAGACAUCAGUUUCAUCGUUGCCAAUCCUAAUAUACAAGAUGACAACUCACGGUUGUUCCUCCAGUCAGUUCCAGCCCCUUGGCGAUGUACUGCAAGUUCUGAAAAACAAAGACCUGAAAAUUGUUGGAUGUGACAUGACACACAUAUUUGGGCAACUGGACAUGGCUUACACUCAACUCAGUUCUCCAGAAUACACUGAAAUGGCAGCUUUUAGAAAUACUUACCAGAGUGUUUGGGAUAAAUUUAAGAACCAAACCCCAGCAGAUCGAGAUAAUUUCUUCAAUGAACUGUUCCCUUCUGGUUUCCAAUGGGCCAUCUCCAGUGAGUCCUUCAAGGUGGAAGGGGGCUGGUCAGAAGACGGAAAGGCAGAAACCAUUUGGGACCGUUUUGGUCACGAAGGACAAGCCUUUGAAAAUCAAACAGCUGAUCUAGCUUGUGACAGUUACUACAAGGUGGAUUACGAUGUCUACCUGCUGCGAGGUCUUAAUGUCAACUCCUACCAGUUUUCCAUCUCCUGGGCACGUAUUUUUCCCUUUGGAAAACUAUCAGAGAAAGGGGCUCUCUACUACGACAAGCUGAUUAACACUCUGAUUGAGUCUGGCAUAGAACCAAUUAUCACCCUCUACCACUGGGAUCUGCCUCAGGCACUCCAAUACUAUGGGGGAUGGACCAAUGCCUCCAUUGUUGAAGCCUUCAGGGACUAUGCAGAUUUUUGCUUCUCCAGGUUUGGUGACAGGGUCAAGAGCUGGAACACCUUUAACAGCCCGUGGGUGGAGAGCCAUGCAGGGUAUGGAACUGGUCAAAAUGCUCCUGGAAUAAAGGACUACGUGGUUGCUUCUUAUCGGGUCACUCACAAUAUGAUUAAGUCCCAUGCCGAAGCUUGGCAUGUCUAUAAUGACAAGUACAGGAGAAAACAGGGUGGCAAAGUGGGCAUUGCACUGAACUCUGACUGGGCGGAGCCUUUGGACCCCUCCAAAUCUGAAGACGUAGUAGCGGCAGAUCGGUACCUGCAGUUCAUGCUAGGCUGGUUUACCCACCCUAUAUUUGUAAAUGGAGAUUAUCCUGCAACUCUAAAGACUCAGAUUGAAGCGAAAAUAAAAGGGUGCAACAAUUCUGAGCCUGCUGUUCUUCCAUAUUUCACUGCUGAAGAAAGCAAGAGGAUACAAGGAACUGCUGACUUUUUUGGAUUAAACUAUUAUACAUCACGGCUGAUCAAUGACACUAAUGGUGGCUGCAUCCCAGGUCCUGAGGGUGUGGGUGACUUCCAGGCACAUGUGGACCCUUCAUGGGGUACUACAGCAUCUGACUGGAUAUAUUCUACUCCAUGGGGACUUAGAAGACUUCUAAACUAUAUUUCUGCUGAGUAUUUGAGUGUUACCAAAGUGCCUAUCUACAUAACUGGAAUCGGGAUGCCCACUGAGUACCAUGGGGAUACUCUCAAUGACACUACUAGAAUAGAGUACAUGAGAAGUUAUAUCAAUGAGGCACUGAAAGCAAUAUUCAUAGAUAAAGUAGAGGUUCAAAGAUUCACAGUCCAGUCACUAAUGGAUGGAUUUGAGGGAAAACAUGGCUAUAGUCAAAGAUUUGGUCUGCACCAUGUUAAUUUUGAUGACGGCAACCGACCACGAACCCCAAAGCAGUCUGCUUAUUUCUACUCUCAGGUUAUUAAGCAAAAUGGAUUUCGUUCAAACAAAUAUGUACUUAAAGGAGUAAAAGGACAACAGACCAGUUAUUUAUCUCCUUUACCACCAUCAGAAGUUCCAUCUAAAUCAAAGGUUGUCUGGGAGAAAUUCUCACAUCAGUCACCAUUCGAGAGAAAACUCUACUACUACGGUACCUUUCCAGAAGGAUUCAGUUGGGGAGCUUCAUCUUCUGCUUACCAGAUUGAGGGUGGCUGGGAUGCUGACAAGAAAGGUCCUAGCAUCUGGGACACAUUUACACAGGAAGGCAGUAUUGCUAAUGGAAAUGUUGCCUGUGACAGCUACAACAGAGUUGAAGAAGACCUCUAUAUGCUGCGGGCUCUGAGGGUGAAGUCCUACAGAUUCUCUUUGUCCUGGUCCAGAAUCUUUCCUGAUGGUCAACCUGCAUCCCAGAACCAGAAAGGUGUUGACUACUAUAAUCGACUCAUUAAUGGCCUCUUAGCAUAUAACAUUACACCUAUGGUGACACUCUACCAUUGGGACCUCCCUCAAGCUUUGCAAAACUUCAGUGGCUGGGAUAAUGAGUCUAUGAUUGAAAUUUUUAAUGAUUAUUGUAACUUUUGCUUUAAAACCUUUGGCGACAGAGUAAAAUUUUGGAUGACCUUCAACCAGCCACAUACAAUUGCUUGGUCAGGAUAUGGGCUUGGAGAAAUCCCUCCAAAUAAUUCUAAGAAUCCAGGAACUGCACCAUAUAGAGUUGCACACAACCUUCUGAAAGCACACGCCAGAGCUUACCACACAUAUGAUGAAAAAUAUCGACAAACACAAGGCGGCAGAGUUUCGAUUGCCCUCAGUGCCGAUUGGAUUGAACCUAAGGAUGUCGAUGUUCCACGAGAGGUGGUGGCUGCUGACCGAGCUUUACAGUUCCAACUCGGGUGGUUUGCACACCCUAUUUUCAAGAACGGUGACUAUCCUGAUGCAAUGAAGUGGCAAGUUGGAAACAAAAGUGAACUCCAGGGUCGUCCUGAGUCAAGACUCCCUACUUUUACUGAAGAAGAAAAGAACUUCAUCAGGGGGACAGCGGACAUGUUCUGUCUAAAUCAUUAUACAACCAAGAUUGCAAGCCAUGCUACCUUGAGGCUUUCCCCUCCCUCUUAUCAGUAUGAUCAAGACAUAAAAGUACAAGAGGAGACUGAUUCACCAACCACUGCUAUCACGAAGCAGACAGCAGUGGCAUGGGGCAUGAGGAGGCUCCUCAACUGGAUCAAGGAGGAAUAUGGGGAUCCAGAAAUUUACAUUACAGACAAUGGUGUUGCAACAGCAAAAAACACAACUUGGGAUGACACUGCUAGAGUAUUUUUCCAUAAGACCUACAUUGAUGAAGCUUUAAAAGCGUAUGGCCUUGAUGGUGUUAAAGUGAAAGGAUACAUAGCAGCCUCUCUCAUGGACUCUUUUGAGUGGCUUCACGGCUACACUGUAAGGUUUGGGCUCCACCAUGUGGAUUUCACUAAUGCAAACCGACCAAGGACACCCAAAUACUCAGCACAUGUCUACUACCGGGUAAUAAAGGACAACGGUUUCCCAACACCAGAUGAUGAGAAGCUUCUUUAUGGAUACUUUCGCAAUGGAUUCCUGUGGAGCGCUGCAACAGCAUCAUACCAGAUUGAAGGGGGAUGGAGAGCAGAUGGAAAAGGUCUCAGCAUUUGGGACAAGUUUGCACAUACUCCUCUCCGAGUGUCCAACGAUGACAAUGGGGACAUUGCCUGCGACAGUUACAACAAGAUAGAAGAAGAUGUCGCUAUGUUAAAAAAACUUAAGGUGACCCAUUAUCGUUUCUCCAUAUCCUGGUCCAGGGUUCUUCCUGAUGGAACUACUGCAUAUAUCAAUGAGGUUGGACUCAACUACUACCACAGACUGGUGGAUGCACUGCUUGAUGCAAACAUACAAUCUCAGAUUACUCUCUACCACUGGGAUCUACCACAAGCUCUACAGGAUGUUGGAGGCUGGAAGAAUGACACUAUUGUUGACAAAUUCAGAGAUUAUGCCGAUCUCAUCUUUCAUAGACUUGGCCACAAAGUUAAACUUUGGAUCACCAUCAAUGAGCCGUACAAUAUUGCCAAUGUUGGUCAUGGUUAUGGAGCUGCUGCCCCAGGCAUCAGUUUCCAACCAGGUACUCUGCCCUACAUUGUGGGUCAUAACCUGAUAAAAGCUCAUGCUGAGGCUUGGCACCUGUAUGAUUCCAAAUAUCGGCCCACACAGAAAGGAAUGAUCUCUAUCACCAUUAACUCUGACUGGGCAGAUCCCAGAAAUCCAUACAAGCAGGAGGACAUUGAUGCCGCAAGACGAGUAGUGCAGUUCUACAUAGGCUGGUUUGCACAUCCUAUUUACAAUGGAGACUACAGUAGUACAAUGAAGACCAUUAUUCAAGAACGAAGCUUGAGUGCUGGUCUGCCAAAAUCUAGGCUCCCUGAGUUCACACCUGAGGAGAUCAAAAGGAUUAAAGGUACCUAUGAUUACUUUGGUUUCAACCACUACACCACAGUACUGGCAUUCCCUAUGAACUAUGGAGACCUUCAGCAUUAUGAUGGCGAUAGGGGUGCAGGAACAAUCGCAGAUCGCACCUGGCUGGAUUCAGGUUCGGGUUGGCUAAAGGUGACACCGUUCGGAUUCCGGAAAAUAUUAAACUUCAUCAAGACGGAGUAUGGAAACCCACCAAUUAUUAUCACAGAAAAUGGCAUCUCAGAACGGGGACCUGUUGACCUCAAUGAUGUACAGAGGAGCUACUACUAUGAAAAAUACAUCAAUCAGCUGCUCAAAGCUUACUUACUCGACAAUGUGGAUAUCUAUGGUUAUACCGCCUGGACGCUUAUGGACAACCUUGAAUGGGCCACUGGAUUUUCAGAAAGAUUUGGUCUUUUCUAUGUCAAUCGUUCAGACCCGAACCUUCCUCGUGUGGCUAAAAAGUCUACUGCAUUCUAUACCACCAUCAUCAACUGCAACGGAUUCCCUGACCCCGCCUCAGGGCCCCACAAGUGUCAGCGCCUCGAGCCUGAAGGAACUAGCAUACCGCCAAUACCGAUUCCCUUGAACGACAGCAGCGUGAGCUUCCUGGGUAUAAAACUCUCCCCUGAUGAUGCAGAGAGGGGACUGUACACCAUCUUUGCUCUCCUCAUUGUUUCAACGCUUGGGGCUGCUUGUUUGGCCUUUUGUUUUUUUAAGAGCAAAAAACAAAACAAGAAAAAAAGGUAUGUGGAAAUGUUUAGCAUGUCAGGAACAUGAAAAAAUGGAAUUAUGAAUGUGGAGUUGCACCUUUUGCAUCAACAUCUAGUCAAACUCUGUGUAAGAGUCUGACUGUAAAACUAUGUGUAAUCUUUCAGAAAUUAAAUA